UGCAUUUCGCCGGUGAGGAAGCUAUGGCGUCAUCUAGUGGGACUAAAGUUUAUCCUCCGCGCCUAUAUCCGGAAGGAAAAUCACCUCUGCAGAACCGAAGCAUGAAUCACUACUGCUUCCUCAACUUGUUUGGGAGGGUGAAAGAUGGAAUAGGUGCAGAUGUGUUUGAAAACAUCAAGGAGACUUCCCAGGUUGGAGUAAUAUUGAAGCUGGCAGACAUGGACUUUGUAUCGUCUUCAAACCUUCUUCACAACUUUCUUACGCGACAGCUGUCAAUAGAAAAUGGUCAUGAGAUUUGGAUUUUGAUAGGAGGUCAGCCCAUCAGGUUCUCUCUGCAUGAGUUUUCUGAUAUUACGGGGUUGAAUUGUGAUAGACUUGGGGAUGAUGAUGAGGCCGAAAUAGAUGACUCUGAGUUCUGGAAAGAGUUGAGAGUCAGUGGAGGUGGACCAAAAUUUAAACAUCUCGAAGCAUUGUUGUCUAGAUGUAGGACUUGGAGUUUUGAGAAGAGAAAGAUGAUUGGAUUGCUGUGUAUUCUAUCAAUAGGAAUCUUAGGAAUAUCUCAAAAUAGCAGAAUCCCCAUGAAGUAUGCGAAAAUGGUCUUGGAUUUGAAUGCAUUUGAGAGGUUUCCGUGGGGAAGGGUUGGAUUUGAAAGCAUCAUUAAUUCGAUAAAAAUAGUAUGCUUCGAGAAAACUAGCUAUGUAGUCCAUGGUUGUGUGCAUGCAUUGGUCAUAUGGGGAUAUGAGUCGCUGCCUUUCUUGGCCGAAAAAUUUGGUGAUAGGAAUGAAGCUGCAAAUGUGGUUCCUCUUCUCCGUUACAAAUCAAGUCGCAAGCGUUUUAAUUUUGACGCAUAUGUGUUGCAGGAAAAGCAAGAACACGGCAGGGUACGUGUAAGGCAUAUGGUGGACAAGGAAGAAGAAAAUCUUUUGCCAUCUUGGCCAGAUGAAAACAUGGAUUGUAGCCUUAAAAAUCUUGUAGGAGAUAUAAAGCAUGGUCGACUUGAUGUCAGUUUUUGGGAUGUACCGAGUGCUGAUAAGGGUACAAGUGAGAAAGCUAAGUCCGUGAGGUCAAAGAGUAAGAAGGGAAAUGACAGUGAUGAUGAUUUCGUGGACAAGGUUCCACAGAAGAAAAGGGUUGUGCAGGAGAAGAAGAACAAAAGAAAUGAUGAAGAAGAAGCCGCAAGAAAAGAUGGGAAGAAGAUCCGGAGAAGUAAAGGGAAAGAGAUAGUGAGUGAGGAGGAGACAGAGGACGAUUCGGAUGUUAGCGUAGAAGCCGUGAAGAAAAAAAAGAAGGGCCAUAAAGCUGAAACUGGGGUCAAUAGCGCCUUUGAGAGAGAACUUUGGUCCUCUGGAUUAGUGUCUAUGAUUGAGACUUUGAGUUCUAAGGUGGACGCUAUAGACAACAAAUUCUCCUCAAAGUUUGAUCAGUUUGAUUCAAAGUUUGCGUCCUUGGAUCAGAAGAUUCGGAUUGUUGAGAGCGAUGUGACGAGGAUGAAGCAAGCUCGAGCAGAAGAUGUUGCUGAUGCUGCUGAGGACGGUAAGUCUGCUACCAGAAAUGGUGAUGAUGUGGGUGAUGAGAAUAACGAGCAGCAGUCAUGGGUACUUAAGAUGAAGGACACAUCUGAAGAUUCAUUUCAGGUAGCUUGCUUGGUUAGGAAUCCAAAAGCUACCACUACAACUCCCCGAGAAAUAAAGAAAGAACCAGAAGAAAAGACUCCAAAAUCAGGGAAAGCGUGUGGCUCUUUGAAGAAAAAAGAGCCAAAAGAUACUGUGGAUUCAAAGAAAAAUGAGUUGCCUGCAGUAAAUCUAUCUGAGGGUUCAGAAUCGUUUGGAGAAGAGCCGAAGAGAUUUGGCGUAGCAUUGGAUAAAUUGCUGGCUCUGUCAAAGCGUGAUGAUUGUGUCAUGAGGGAAGCUAGCGCUGACAUAGAUAAGCGACACAUCUCACUUGCAGCCUCACAAAGAAGCCCUUACAUUGGUAAUUCUGGUGUGAAACGCGUUAUGUUUGGCUGUCAUCCAUCAGAUGAUUCAUAUGAUCCAUUUGAGAAGGUUUUGGUCUCAAAGGUGGAGAAGCUAAUGGCGUUCCUCGAUCAUGAUAUGAAUAACCCAUUACCAAGUAGCAACGCAGAUUCUAAGUUUUAUCUUACCAUCAGGACUCCUAAAGAGCUUUGGCCGAAAACAGACAACGAAUUCGGGUGGCUAGGAGAUAUGCAUUUGUGCUCUGCAAUGCAUAUGCUGCGAAGAAGGUCUAUGAGAGAUCGUACUCCUUUUAGGACCGAUAGGAUUGCAUUCCUCGAUCCCUGGUUUGUGAGCCAAUGGUGUUUCGACUACAAGAACAACUUUGAGGGGAAAUAG